AUGGACCUCGAUUGUAGUACGAUUCAAUUAAUUUUCGUCGACGUGACCAAUGAAUACGAUCUCGAUGAGGGUGAUUGUCAGACUAAGAACCUGGACGCAUUAUUAAAUAGGUUGAAACUCGCGUGCGUCUUUCAAAAUGCGUGCGCAUGUCUGGACGCAGAUGUGGAUGCGACGAACAAGGACGUAUACAACGUUGUUCGAAAGGAAAUUCUCCGGUUCGUCAAACCACGAGACCGCUAUCUUGCCCUGGGGUCAUUGCUACUGAAAAGCCAAGUAUUUCAUGAUACAUAUGCACAUCUUGAUAGAUCCUUAAUAGUCAAUGUUCCCCGGACCGAGCACAAAAAGCCUUACAUCCCGGUUGCCACGAGGCUAGGCCAUAUUGAGGAAUGUGACGUAUACCCUUUCAGCAUCUCCCAUCAGUUUCCUUUCGUUGCGUCAGCUCGCCUCCUUACCGAGACCAGUGACUCAACAAAAAGAGAACAUCCAAUCCAGCUGUAUGACUCCGUUUUAGAAUUUGUCGAUGCUUUUCGAUCAAGCUUUUCCGAUGCAGAAUGGGGCGAUUUGCAGUUUUGUCGAGAAAAUGAGCACAACCUAUUAAGAGAGCUAUAUCUUCGCUGGGCGACAAAAGAAGCAUACACAAAAGCACUUGGUGUUGGACUGGGGUUUAAUUUUGCAAGUUUCGACAUUCGUUUGGGCCCGCUGCCGUACGGAAGUCUCUGGAAUACAAUUGUCGAGGCACAGAACGAAACAAUUCGAUUUGAAGGUUGCGUUUUUACAUUUGAAAAGAUCCGGCCAUCGAUGGAGACCUGGCUGUUUUCUUUUCAUCCUCUUUCCCAGUCACAUGGUAGCUACGAAACGCAAGGCUGCGGAUGUGUCGCGGUAGGGCCUCUUCCAUAUGCCAUGCUCUCUGAAUGA